AGCGGCCAUGGGCAAGGACAAGCCGCGCCGCGGCCAGCGGAGACAGGGGGGGCUUGCCGCGGACGCCGCCGGGCCCGACGACAUGGGGCCGAAGAAGGGCAAAGGUGCCCCCAAGGAGUGCGGGGAGGAGGAGGCCCAGAAGUGCUGCGGCUGCCGGUUCCCCCUGCUGCUCGCCCUGCUGCAGCUGGCCCUGGGCAUCGCCGUGACCGUGGUGGGCUUUCUCAUGGCGAGCAUCAGCUCCUCCCUGCUAGUCAGAGACACUCCAUUUUGGGCUGGGAUCAUUGUCUGUGUGGUGGCCUAUCUCGGGUUGUUUAUGCUCUGUGUCUCCUAUCAAGUUGACGAACGGACAUGUAUCCAGUUUGCUAUGAAACUGCUGUACUUUCUGCUCAGCGCCCUGGGCUUGAUAGUCUGCGUGCUGGCCGCGGCCUUUGCUGCCCACCGCUACUUGCAGCUCAUUCAGCUGAAGUGUAUGGCCACCCUCGACUACUGCCAGUGCAAGCUGUCCUUUGAGGAGCCACUGAGCAGGUCCUUUGUGUACCAGGAUGUGACCGACUGUGCCAGCUUCACCAGCACCCUCAAACUCUUUUUACUCAUCCAGAUGAUUCUUAACUUGGUCUGCGGCCUCGUAUGCUUGCGGGCCUGCUGUGUGAUGUGGGAACACAGGUACCAGGUCUUUUAUGUGGGUGUCAGGAUGUGCUCCCUAACACCUUCCGAAGACCAGCAGCAAAAGGUCUAGUGUUCUCGCUCAAAAGUGGGAGGGAAAAUAGCUGAGGUUUAAAAAAAAAAAAGGAAAGAAAAAAAAAAUUUGGCCAUGCUAUUAUUCACUGUUUCUAAAUGAAUAUAUUUUUUCAGGAAAUGAAAGAGCUUUUCUUCAGGCCUCUAUAGGAUUUGAAAAAAAAAUCUUGUGGUGAAAAUAAGAUCCAAAUUGACUCCAGGAUAUUAAAAGAAUGCUGAAUGGGGAAUAAUGGCAUAGAUGUGUCUUUAAGUCUGGAGUUGACCCCUCACGCUCACUGUAAUCCGUGACUUCUAUACCCUUCUUUGCUGUGGGUCUGGUGUGAUGGUGUGAGUUUAGGCCCACACUGCAGGAUUCUGUAAGUGUGCCUCCAGGCCUUCCCUCCUCUCACUGUGGGCCUCACUCUGUCUUGGAGAAAGGCAGGGGUGGAGGAAGUGCUGACGGCCAGGGACACCCUGCCGCUGUCUCUAUAGAUCUGUCUGCAAGCCGUGAAGCAGGGGGAAGGAGCAGAGCAGAGUGGGAGAGGAAGGGCUGCUGCAGAAGGCCCGGGCAUGGUAACACCUGGUCCGGCGGCAGCCUUGCUCUGGGCUGCCUGGUUUGGCUCUCCAAGCAGAUCACUGACUAAAUGCUUUGGAAGAUUACCAGUUUCUCAGUAAUUGAAAGCUAGUGAUAGUUGUAUUCUUAACGAUGUAGAAGCUUUAAAAAUAAUUACAUUAGGUUUCUAUUCUAUCAUCUAAAACAAAUCAUUAAAACUAAUUUCUAGCUAAUUGUUAAUUAUAAUUACGCUCAGAAGACUACUUAAUGAGCCCUGGCUGUACUUAUGUAGCACUGUCAGUAUUAGGAGAAAUUACUCUCACAAGAGAGGAGGCUCGAAGAUUCUUUUCUUCUGAAAGCCAAGCUUUACAAGGAAGAAAAAAAAUUAUUAAUAGCUCUCAGGUUAAAAAUAUUCAUUUAAACAAAAACAAGAACAUUUGUAGUGGGAAUGUUUAUACAAAUAGCACAUUUGUGAUAUGUGGUAAAUGAUCUCUGUUGGCAGCUAAGUACUUUUGAGGAAGAUUGGGUAUUGCCGAUGUGUUCCGUUCAUCAAACUGUGUCUGAUACAUAAUCCUAUUAUUGAUUUGUAUGCUGUCAACCAGGAGACUUACGCUAAUGUUGUGAAGUCCCUAUUUGAGCAUAUGCCCCCUGAGUUGAUGGGGGGUCGUGUAGUUUCUGUUUUGUUUCUAAAUGCUGUGACUUUAAAAAGCACAAGUACCCUGUAGUGAGAGACUUUUCUUUUACUAUUGUUACCAUUAAAUUUGGAACAUUAUCAGUGAUUUCAGGAGGGAGCUCAGAAUGCAGACUCAUACAGCAUAAAUGUUAUUAAGAGCUUUCUCUAGUAGAGAAAGUUUCUCUGUCAAAAACUGAAAUUCAGGAUAGUCAUUGAGCUCAAUUUCCCUUUCUACAUUGCCUAUCAAUAUACUUUACUAGUCAUGAAAUUCUACCCUAAAAGAAAAACACUUUCUUGUUUGCCUUAGAAGACAGAUGAAUAAUUCUAUUGAUGUGAUCAUAGUGUCGGUUUCUGCACCACAUAAAUAUCCAAGUAUAAAGGAAACUGUUAAGUCAGUUAGUGGGAGGACUGUAAGGUUCUUUUUUGUCCUCCGCAUAAACAGGUGUGAAAACCUGUUUAUAUAUUGACUUGCUUUAAAAAUGGCCUGCUGCACAUUAGCUCUGGCCACGAAGCCUUCGCAAUGAGACCUUGGGGCUGGAGGCUAGAUCACACUCAAAAAUUGCAUGGACACAAUACCAGGAAUCCUGAUGGUGACUCGUUAGGAAGUCCCAACACUGAAUCCAUUUUGAUUUUGACAGUUUCCAACAUAAAGAAGAAAAUUACUGAGAAUCUGGAGUAUUGUAGGCUAUUCUUUAGAACAAGGAACUAUUGCUUUAGAGCCAAUGAUAAUGAACUAGCCAUCACUUAGAAGGAUGCCUUGAAUACCUUUAAUAACUUUUUAUAGUGAACACCCUGGGGUGGGGGGUGGGGCUUUAUUAAAAAAUUUAAAUUCUAUACAUCACUAAGGUGCUCUAUGCUUUACAGACCAAUCACAGGGUAUUUCAAAUGGCAGACUAGCUUUAGCUUCUGUACUUCCUUUUUCUAAAUACUGCAACCAGUAAGAACUCACAGGGCGAUAAACUUGAUGAUCAUCAGGAUAUACACCUAUAACUUGGGGAUUUUGCUAUUUUAUGACUGAAUCAUUCUUCAAUUCCCCAAGAGAGAAAAAAGAUCAAACAGAAGGAACAGUAACAACCACCACCCAUCCUGGUGCUGUCAUGCCAGUAUUGAUAGGAGGAGGCCUCGUGUUGUAUGAAUAGCAAACUGUUUGGGGCUGGAUUUGAAGUAUUUUGAGGUUGUGUUUUGCAAAUAUUGAAGUUACAAUAAAGGCAACAGAGAAGGAACAGAUACACAGCUUUACACUUAGCAAAAUGUUACGUUUAACAUCUGACAAGGAGCCAAGGCGGGGACUGGCUCCUCCAAACCAUAAAACAGGGAGAUUUGCGCAAUCCUCCUCCACGUCCACCUCCUUAAGGAGAAUUAAAUGAAUCAAGACUUUGGAAAGAGGGGGAACAACCGGGACUUGGCAAUACUUGAAAUAGGAGGGAGGACUACAGCAGCCUAAAUGUACAGACUCUGUAACCGAGCCCACUCAAUCGGUCUGUGCUUUCACGUGACCACCAUCUGUGCCUCCCUCGCUCCUUCCAAAUUUGUGUAGGCAGCUUCUUGGAGCCGGGCCUAAAAAUAUAGCUACACCAGGCCCUAGAAACUGUAGUCAAAGUAACAGACAUAACUUCCCCCCUCUUUGAAUUGAAAGUCUAUGUGAUCUCUUUUGAGGGGUGUCCAGCUCCACACGCCGAUGUGUGGUUUUGACAGUGAGACCCUUUCAUGUUUUCUCAUCACGCCCAGGACAUCAGACUCUCAGUAUUCUUGCACCUCCUCUCUUGCAUGCAGUGUAUCUAGAAUGUGUUUCUAGAUUUUUAGUAAUAUCAAAAGGAGAUUCUGAAGAACAACAGUGGAGCAGUUGGAGAUCAUCAGAAAUGGACUCAAGAGCUGUCCUGAAAAUCGGAUCGUUUCCGCUCACGAAGUUUCUGAACUCUUACUGUGUAGCCAUACAUUUCUGUAAAUCCUGCUGGCUGCUGUGCGGGCUGCCUCUGAGAGCCCUAUGGGGUUUUCCAGGGUACAUUGUAUGUUCAGGACACUGUUAAAAAGAGCUGAUAACUGCAUCUGUGGACUCAACAGAAACAUUGGUUUGGAUGAAGACUCAGAGAUUCAGCCUGUGAAAUGAAUGCCUUGAUUCAUUUCUUCUGAUUUGCUAGUUCUUUGGUAUCUCAAAUGAUUAUCCCCUUCACAAAUAUCAGCCUGUACUUGGUGCUGCGGUCUCAUUCUUCUGGCACUGACAGAUUAGUGAAUAGAAAACAAAGCAUUGCCUACAUGUUUGAGGUGGCUGUUUUUAAAGGGGAUAUGUGUAAUGCAGAUUUUCUUUGUUAAUAAAAUUUUCAUAAUCUCUGCAAGCACUGUGUUUGGACGUGCU